AUGGCAGAACGAGCAAUGAUUUACUACCAUACAUGCAAGCAGCGGGCAGUGAUCUUCAGAACAUUCACUUUCUUUUUAGGUGAAAAGUUGUUUAGUGGAAGUAAACAGCCCCAAAACCGAAUGGUAGAAAUGUACCAUGCAUGGACCCCCUCUUCCAUUAAAAAGCACAUUGUUGAGAACCUCUCCUGUGAUGAUGGCCAUAUCCGCUGCCUUAAUAAAACAAUUGCUUUCAGAA